CCGUUCGCGGCCCCGUAUCAAAAUUGAGCAGCUGGGAAAAUUGGAUCAGAGGGAAGUGCUAUACUAACUGUAAGACUCUUGCUUUCGCUCAUAAAUUUAUUUCUCACCAUUAUUUGAUUUCUCAUCAGAACUAAAUAAGUCAUCAUGAUGUUUCCAGUCUACAUUCUCGCCACUCUGGCUUUUUCGAGUGCUCAGGCCUUCUCUGCCAAAGAAACACGUGGGUUGGAGGCUGCUACAAAGUGCACCCAAGUGUCGUUGGAUUUCAGCACAUUUAAAAACAAUCAAUUCAUCGGAAUCGACGAUCUGUCCGCGUACGGCUUAAAAAUCCGUACCUCGAGCUCAUCAAGCAAAUGCGUGACUCCAGAACCGAUUAUCAUCGAUACAAACAAUCCCGUUUGCGAUCCGGACUUAAAAUCACCAUUCGGAAACGCCAUCAUCAUUCAGGAAAAGUACACAAAGAACGACGGUUGCGACGGUUCUGAUGAUUGCGCUGCUGGGGGCUCUAUCACCUUUACCUGGGAGUCCAAGGUCAAUCUUAAAGACAUGAUCUUCCUUGAUAUGGAUGAAGCGGUAACAGUUUCCGUCAACACCGCGUCAGAAAGCAAUAAACUGCUGACGCCUCCUCCACUUCGACGCUCUGGGGAGCAUGUCAACUACGCCAUCGACGAAAACGAUGUCCUUUCGAUGGAAAUUAAAUUUCAUGGAUCGGGAGGAAUUCCUCUCAUCAACUGGAGUAGAUGCGAACCCGGUGGUAACGGCGACCCACAUUUCCAGACUUGGGCUGGACACAAAUUUGAUUACCAUGGACAGUGCGACUUGGUAUUGAUCACCGCACCUUACUUCGAAGGCAAGGGACUCGACUUGCAUGUCCGCACCGAGCAGCGUGAUUUCUUCUCGUUCAUUAACACCGUUGCAGCAAAGAUUGGGGAUGAAAUUCUCGAGAUUGGCAUGAACAGCGCAUUUGUGAAUGGCAAGGUCUACGACAGUUUAACUGCCGGCAAUUCCUUAGAAUUUGCAGGAUAUUCUGUAACCUAUGAUGACGCCCCGUUGCCCAACGGACGCCAGCAAAAGGUAUACAUGAUCAAGAUUGGUGCUAUCGAACGCAUUCAGAUCAAGGUUUUUGGACAUUUUAUGGCCCUUCGCGUCCUCGACGCCACGCACGACAAUUUCGCCGACGCUGUUGGACUUACUGGUGACUACAAUUCCGGUUUGAUGCUUGGUCGCGACGGAGUUACUCUUUUGAACGAUCCCAACGAUUUCGGCCCUGAAUGGCAGGUCAACGCCGACGAUCCGGUCUUGUUCCGGGCUGUGCAGUCUCCCCAGUUCCCUGAGAAGUGCUUGGCGGCUCCGUCUAUUGAUAAAGUCCGUCACUUACGUAAUGGAAUUUCUCAGGAGCAGGCGGAAGAAGCGUGUGCUGUUGUGGGGGAAGACAUUGAUGAUUGUAUCUUUGACAUCAUGGCCACUGGUGACCUGGACAUGGUCGGCGCACACAUGUAGGGUCGGUCUUUCACGAAGAGGAACUCACGAAAGUUCGUGUAUCCUUAAAUUCGAAAAGCAAGACUUAUGAAUAACAGCAUGUAAUCACGUACCUUCUAUGAAUCUAGAGUGAAUUUGUAUGUUACGCGAUUGCGAUCGAGGAAACUAUCUUUUGUUGCUCACUGUCCGUAUUGCCUUG